AUGUGGAACCAAGUCGUUCUCGUGGCUCUAAUCCCAGCCAUGAUGGCCAAACCCAUCUUGCCACGAGGAGAUAUGACUGGCUUGCAAGAGUCCCGUGAAUCCCCAGCCUUCGAUUCCGCCACACUCCGCGGUAACAAAAUGAUGGCUAUUGCUGAGGCACUGGAUAUGAAAAGCUCAAAUUCCAACGAGAACGAGACACCACAGGACGAACAAGACUAUGAAGUCGAGCACCGACAGAUUAGCCCCGACCAGAUAGCUGAGCUUACCAACCAUGCUGCCUCUACUAUCUUCAGCGGAGCAUCUGCAGGCGUAAUGUCGUGGGCGACUAGUGUUGGCAAUGCCAUGUCCACCGGCCAUCCUAUUGUACCGCGUGCUAGCAGCGGAAUGCAAUUGAAGGCAAUGGCGAGAUCUACUUCUACUCCCACUCCCACUCCUUCGGCCUCGACUUCUGGCACAGCUACCGCUUCGAACUCUGCCCAAGCAUCUGAAUCCCAAAGCUGCGAUUGUAUCGCUAACUGUGCCGAUGAAGAUGGCCAUGCUAAUCAGAUGGAAUGCAUCAAGAAGUGUUCCAAUGAUUGCGAUGGCGACGAUGACAAGAAGAAGAACAGCGACGUUCUUGGAGGGCUUACAGGCUUACUCGGAGGACUUGGGGGUAGAAGCAUCCCAGCCCCCCUUCCCCGUCCUCAUCGCGGAUUCACCCACCCACCUCCAGCCGAGCCCGUACACGCAGCUGCUGGUGGCGAAUUUGAGGACUUUGAAGCUUGCAUGAACAGCUGCAAGACCCAUAACUGCCAGCACUCUGAAGUCGGGCUUUCUCUUUCGCAGUGUGGUGACACCUCAUGCGAAGAUGCGUGCGCCAAGUACAAGUCGUCCAAGUCUAUGUUUGGUAUGUCUAAGUUGAGCAAGAGCAUCCCAAAGAGGCGUGUUCGCCCAGUCGCCGACCGCGUCAAGGCAGACACACCGCUCCCCAAGCCAAAGAAGCCUAUAGCUGCUGCCAAGCACAGCACCACUUUCGAAGACUGCAUGAAGAAAUGCCAGACUCACAACUGCCAGCACUCUGAGGUCGGAAUUUCUAUUUCCCAGUGCGGUGACACGUCGUGUACCGAGGCGUGUGCUCAGUACAAGGAAGAAGGGGGAAUGAUCAUCACUAGACAGCUCAGGAACCCUGGAGACAACGGUGGUAUCCCUGACGUACCUAACGUCCCUGAGGCUCCGGAGGUACCUCCCACGCCUCAGGUACCCGCUGUGCCGGAAGUACCCCGUACGCCUGAGGUCCCAGCCGUUCCCGCUGCUCCCGCUGUUCCAGCAGUCAAGGGCGGACCCAUCAAGGUUGCUUCUCCAGCUCCAGCUCCCGCCCCCGCUACCCCGGCCGCACGAAGCCAUCGCAACCCUGUCCCGGGACACAUGAAUGUUCCUGUUAAAGGCGUAGCGGAGGAAGGAGAUUACGAAGCCUGUAUGAAGCAAUGCAAGACCCACAACUGCCAGAAAUCCGGCGUCGGUAUUGACGUGGAGCAAUGUGGCAACACCUCUUGCGUCGACGCUUGCGCGUCCUUCAAGCAUUCAGCCCACGCCGCCGUCGGCGUCCACAAGACCAAAGUCCCCUAUGCUCCCGGCCAUCUCGCGGCCCACCCCGGUCCCGACCCGCCCGUCGUCAAGACCGUGCCCGAGUUCAGUGCCCACGAGAGCACGGAGUACCAAAACUGCGUGAGGCAGUGCAAGUCACACAACUGCCAAAAGGCAGAUAUCGGCUUGGAAGUCUCCCAGUGCGGAGACACGUCGUGUACCGAGUCUUGCGCCCAUCUUCAAGAAGGCAAGGCCAUGCACAUUGCUGGGGCCCCUAGAGCCAUGAACACGGCGGCUGCCAUGAUGACCGCUGCUGCGGCACCGGCGAUUUCUUCCUGGUCGGUUCCUGCUGCGGCUUAG